AUGCACCAAUUCCAAAUCCAGUUAAAUCUAAUUCAAAUUCUUGAUUUAGAUUUAACUCAAUUUGAUUGUUGUAGAAUCUAUAUUGUUGUUUUACCACGGCUUAUGAUGGGCCAAUUAUCAUAUAUACAUCCCGGACAGUAUGGCCUUACUGCUAAUGGUGAUAUGUUUCAACAACAACAAAUGCAUCAACAACAGCAUCAAAUGCAACAACAACAACUUCCAAUUCAACAACAACAACAACUUCCAAUGCAUCAACAGCAACUUCCAAUACAUCAACAGCAACAGCAACAGCAACAACAACCACAAAUGGAUCCUCAACAACAAUACUAUCAAGGAAAUAUGCAAGGUCCCCUGAUUCAAUCUCCUGAAUCAAUUCAACCAAUUCAACAACAACAACCACCACCAUUUGUUAAUCAAUAUCAACAACCUAUAAAUGAUCAUUUAUCUGGUCAAGGUCCAUUACCUUCAAUUAUUCCAAGUGAACGUUAUUUAGUUGGAAAUUUAUCUGAACCAUUUUCAUUUCAUGUUGCACCACCAUCAACAAGAGUAACUUAUUUAGGUUUAAAUGGUUAUUCAUUAUAUAUAACGGGUAUGGGAUUUUCAAAUAAAUCAAAAUUUAAUUAUGAUGAACAAAAUAAUCGUUUAACUAUUCUUUCACUUGAUUCAACAACGGUUGGUUAUUAUUCAGCAGUCGAUGCUAAUUGGCAAACAUUUGUUAAUAUACUAAGUGCUAUUAAUGUUUCUUCUUUACAAAUUCAUAAUUUUCAUACAAGUGAAGAUAAUAAUGGUUCAUCACUUGUAUCUUGUUCUGUAUCAAUAAUUCGUUCAACAUUUAAAUUAACUGAACCACCAUCAUCAUUAUUAUCAUCAUCAAAUAAUCUUGCUAUAUUACCCCCAUCAUCUUUACCAUCAUCAUCAAGAACAUCAUCAUCAUCAGUUUUAGUUGGUACUGAAAAUUUACCACGUCUUCAUUUAUUUUUGUCUACACGUACACAAUCAUCAACAUUAUUAAAUAAUAAAAUUUAUAAUGAUACAUUAAAUGAACAAAUUUUUAAACGUACAAUAUCAAUUCAACGUCCAUUAACACGUGCUGAUCAUAAUGAAACAAUUCAAUGUCAAGUUGAAUCAAAUAAUAAUAUUGAUGUUUUUCUUAUUAAAACAAUUCCUAUUAAUGUUGAAUAUGGACCUAAUUUAGAAGCAGGUGCUUUACCAACUAUUAAUUUAGAAAUUGAAUCAUUAAAAAUGAUUGAAUUGGAAUGUCAAAUAGAAGCAAAUCCUAUUCCAUCAUAUGUUUGGUAUGAUAUGUCAAAUAAUAAUAAUAAUAUAUCAACAGGUAUAAUGCCAUAUUAUGGUCAUCAAAAUCCUUAUGGACAACAAUAUCCAUUACAACCACCAUCAAAUAUUCCAAUAUCUGGAUUAAGUGUAUUUAGUACAACACGACAAGUACAAAGAAUUUAUCAAAAUCCUGGACAAUAUAUAAUGCAAUGUCAAGCACAAUCAAGAGGAAAAACAGUUAAACAAGAAUUUUUUAUUACAGUUCUUCCUCCAUCUAGUGGAUUGAAAACAGGUGGAAGUACAAAUGGAACUCGAGGAAAAUCAUAUAAAAUUCUAAUGAUUAUUGGACUAUGUGUUGGUGGUAUUUUACUGCUUGUUAUUAUUUGUAUUAUAAUAGCUGCUAUUAUUUUUUUAAAACGUCGUAAAAAUAAUACUAAUGAAAAACGUUUACCAUCUGCAGAAAAAUUAUCGAAUGAUAAACAAGGAAAAAAUCGUUGGGGUCAUAGUAGUAAUUUACCAAUUGAUCAUACGAAAUAUAAACGUGAAGUAUUAAAAGGUGAUACAUCAUCAACAUCACAUUUAGUUGAAUCAGCUGAAAGUAGUACAAGUCAAGCUCCACCAGUACCAAAUCGUUCAUCAUCAAUGACAAGUACACAUUCAUCAUAUCGUCAAGUUCCUCCUGUUUCUUUACCACUUGCAUAUCAAGAAGCAAAUACUUUUGCAGGUUCUCGUCCACCACCACCAAGACGUUCUUAUUCACCUGAUAAUGAUGGUGGUGGUGGUGGUGGUGGUGAUGAUGAUAUUGAUACUAGUGUUCAUGCUAUGCCAUUAACAACAAAUCGAUCCCGAACAACAACACCAUUUGGUUCACAUAAAUCACUUUCAGAAUCAAUUCAAUCAUUAAGAUCUAAUCAACAAUCAGCAUUAUCAUUACCUGUUAAAAAACGUUCACAGGAAGCUCCACCAUUACCACCAUCAAUAAUACCAAAACGUGAUCAACAAACACCUUCACCAAAAUCAUUUAAUACUAAAAAAGAUUAUCAACAUCAUCAUUAUCAUAAUCCAGCACAAUUAAAAGCUCAACAACAAACAACAAAUAAUGAUACAUCAUCAGAAGAAGAUGAUUUACAACAUCAACAACAAAUAAAUAAUGCCACCGAAGAUUCAGCUUUUCUUCCGAAAAAAUUUACAUUUCGUGUGAAAGCCGGUCCUGGAGCGCCAACAAAAACAUCAUCAACUUAUAAUCAAAAAGAAUAUUCUCAUCAACAACAACAACAACAACAACAACAACACCAACAUGGUCGUCGAGUAAUAACACCACCACCACCUCAACAAAUGGUUGUCCAUCAACCAACAACAGUACACCAUGAUGAAGUUCCACCAUCUUAUCAUCAAGUUUCUAAUCCGCCUUCUUCAUCUACUACAUAUGCAUAUCAAGAACCAACUGAAGUUUAA